CUCUCGCACUCCAACCGCACUCCUCCUCAACCCGACGACUCAACCGAACCUGCUCCGGAGGAGGGGGAGAAAGAGGCGGAGCCACGUCUGACUGACGCUCCCAUGGGCCAAUAGGAACAUAAAAAUGGCCUUAAGUUGCCGUGUUAUUGAGGAAUGGGUGAAAUGAGAAGAGCCACCGCUUCGGGGUCGCUUUGUGCACUUUUUCUGUCGACUUCGUGUUUUGCACAAGACACUCUUUGGCACUAAACGGACUUUCUGUCGACUUCAGCUUCAGCAGGAAGUUUUCAAUUGUGAGAUAUGACUUCAGAAAAUAAAGAUUCAGACACCAUGCCGGACCCCCUGCUCAUCCAGGAGAGUGGGGAAGUGUACAGAAACCCCACUGAAGUGCAGAUGAGUCAGAUUGUGCUGCCCUGUCAUGCCAAUCACUGUGGGGAGCUGAGUGUUGGACAGCUGCUGAAGUGGAUGGACUCCACAGCCUGUUUAUCUGCUGAGAGACAUGCAGGUUGUUCCUGUAUCACUGCAUCAGUGGAUGACAUCCAUUUUGAACACACCAUAGGGGUAGGAAAGGUUGUUAAUAUCAUCGCAAAGGUCAACAGAGCCUUUACGUCCAGUAUGGAGGUGGGCAUUUUAGUGACUUGCGAGGACCUUUACACUGACAGGCAGUGGAAGGUUUGCCACGCCUUUGCCACCUUUGUUGCCAGAAGGACAGAAGCUGGGAAGGUACAGCUGAAGCAGGUGAUUCCUCGCACACAAAUGGAGCAGAUGGAGUACAGCCUGGCAGCAGAGCGGAGGAGGAUGAGGCUCAUCCACGCUGAGAUUAUCACAGACCUACUGAGCAGCAGCACAGCUCAGCUGGGAGAAUGCCAGGAGUAUCAGGACGCUGUGCCAGCUGAGCGGACACGUGUUGAGAGUGUAGAGCUGGUGCUUCCGCCCCAUGCCAACCACCAAGUCAGCACUUUUGGGGGCCAGAUUAUGGCCUGGAUGGAAAAUGUGGCUACAAUUGCAGCAAGUCGCCUGUGUAACGCUCAUCCAACCCUGAGGUCCAUAGACAUGUUCCAUUUUCGUGGCCCAUCUCACAUCGGCGACCGACUGGUACUGAAAGCUAUUGUUAACAAUGCCUUCAAGCACAGCAUGGAGGUGGGAGUUUGUGCUGAGGCCUACCAGGGUGGAGAACCUCUGCGCCACAUAAAUAGUGCCUUUAUGACCUUUGAGGUGCUGGACAGUGACAGGAAACCAUGCACGCUGCCACGGAUACGACCUGAGCCUGUGGAUGGAAAAAGACGCUUUCAAGAAGCUAUUGCCAGAAAGAAGAUUCGCCUUGAUAGGAAAUAUAUUAUCUCCUGCAAGCAAACUGAAGUGCCCUUGUCUGUUCCCUGGGAUCCAAGUAACCAGAUGUACCUGAGCUACAACAAUGUCUCAGCGCUGAAAUUAAUGGACAACAGGAACAACUGGGUGUUGGCUUCGGAGAAAAAUAAGGUCAGAUUGUACACACUGGAGGAAAACCACAUGCUGUGUUUCAAGGUGGAGAUGAACGUCAGAGUCUCGGCAGAGCAGACGUUCCACCUACUGUCAGACCUGAGGAGGAGAAAGGAGUGGGACCGGCAUUAUGAGGAGUGUGAGGUGAUCAACCAGGCAGAUGAGGAUGACACCAUCUAUCGCGUAGCUACACCCUCUGUCACUAAAGGGGGGAAGGGGAAGGACUUCAUCUUGCUGGCAUCUAGACGGAAGCCCUGUGAUUCCGGGUGUGUUGAUAUGACCUUGCUUGCAUCACGUGAUAAUUUCGCACUUCAUUUCAACAAAACUCUGUGUGAGUUAAAAUGUCUUGAUGCUCAAUCAUCCAGAGACCCGUAUCUGAUCGCUCUGCGUUCAGUCACUUUGCCCACUCACCCGCCCACGGAAGAGUACACGAGGGGAGAGGUGCUCUGUGCUGGCUUCACAAUCUGGGAAGAGUCCAGUUCUGUUACCAAGAUCACCUACUACAACCAGGCCACACCAGGUGUCCUCCCCUACAUUUCCACAGACAUUGCGGGCCUCUCCUCAAGCUUUUACAGCGCCUUUUCGGCCUGCAGCCAAUUCCUGCUGGCCAACAAGGAUAGCUUGGCUGCUCUGCCACCCUCUGCGCUGUGACACAAGUAUUACCACAGUCUACUGAGACAACAAGAAGCAUCAGGAGGAAAGAACAGGAUCAGCCCUCUUUGUUCAUCCCAUUUCUUGUAAAGGUGCUCACAAAAGCCAGUAAAGUCCAACGUUAACUUUGAAACGCUGAGAUUAUAAAAGGCAUUGGAUUUGUAGAAGCUUCUACUUGUUUGCACCAGUAGUAAUGGUGCAGUAACAGUACACUAUAUUUUCGAUGUUGGAUUUGAAUCCCCUUAGAGCCUAAACCUUCUGUGCAAUAUUAAUUUAUAGAUUAAUGGAUCACUUUUUGGUACGUAGUUUUAAAUAUUUAACGGAAUCUCAUUGUUUAUCUUUAGACAGCCAUGUUUUUAUUGGCACUGCCAGUUGUUACAAAAAAAAGAAAAAUUGAAAUGUUCAGUUUUCUUUGUGUAUUUUGUAUCACCUCGAAUAAAGUCUGAACUGUUGAUUAAACCUUUGAAUGAUGAAGCUAAUAUGUACAUUUCAUGUGUAAUGAUGCUGUAUAUUUUUUCUAGUCCACAAUGUAUAGUUUUGCACAAAUGUAAUUGAACUGAUUGUAUCAUAUGUGGACGCUUGAUGGUCAAGAAUCUUAAAUCUUGAGCUGUUUUGAUUGAACUGAAACAAUAAACUUAAAAUGUGAUUGUG